GUCCGACGUCCAGGUCCCAACCCAAGCCCUUCUAACUUGCCUCCUGCAGGCUGCACUUUCCAAGAAUGGAAGUUGUCAGAUAAGACGCCCAAGCAGGGGGCUAAAAUUAGCCCGAGAGCCCUUAUUUGAUCGGCGGCCGGCAGCAGCGCAGCUGUCCACUUAGCCGGCUGGCGCUAGCCUUCGCUUUCCUUCUAGUCGGUGCCCCGACGACCACCCCCCGGUCCCCUUCCCUUCUCUCGCUAUUCUGGCCCAGGGAGAAACCCGCGAUGUGGGGCAGCCCCUUGCCCUAGCUGGUCCCCAGCGACCUCACAGAGGCCCGGCGGCGACGUAGCCAGGCUGGCCGGCGGCUCACCAGACACCGCUCCGUCGAGGCACAGCCAAGCGACUAGCAACCCGCCCGGCCAGCAACCAGCUCCUCUCUAGCAUUGCACAGUUCAUGAUGAAAAUCACCCUCAAGAGACAAGCAAAGAUGAGCCUGGUGGACAUAACCAAGAUUUUCUCCAUGCUCCAGCCCAGUGAAGAUGAAGAAGGCGAUGAAGAAAGACAGGAGCUGAAUCUCGCCGUCUCCCAGGACAACUACAGACUUCUGGACGAACUGUUGCGCCAAGAGAGAUACAGGCGGUUCAUCAACAGCAGGAGCGGCUGGGGGGUGCCAGGGACCCCGCUCCGCCUGGCGGCUUCAAAGGGCCACGUGAGGUGCGUCAAGGUCCUCCUGGCCCAUGGAGCCGAAGUGGACAGCCUGGACGUGAAGGCCCAGACACCACUCUUCACAGCUGUCAACAAUGGCCACCUCAACUGCGUGAUUGCCCUCUUGGAGGCAGGGGCCAGUCCUUCUGGCAGCAUCCACAACAAUUGCACCCCACUGCUCACGGCAGCAAGAGAAGGGGACAUCGACAUCCUUCAAGAACUUUUAGAACAUGGGGCAGAGGCCAACGUCAAAGCCAGAGUCCCGGAGUGGGCAGCCAACUCUGUUGCCUGCUCGGGCCCUUUGUACCUGUCCGCUGUCUAUGGGCACUUGGAGUGUUUCAAGAUGCUGCUGCUCCACGGUGCAGAUCCCAACUACAACUGCACUGAUGAGAAGAUGAUCACCCGCAUUAAGCACCCAAAGAGUCUGCUGGAAAUCUGCUUGAGGCACGGUUGUGGAGCGGAAUUCGUCAAACUCCUGAUAGAUUUUGGAGCCAAUGUGUACCUACCGGGUAUUGUGCUCGAUAAGAUCUCAGUGAACUCUGAGAUGCUGGAUUUGUUGGCCAGAGAAAGAGCUGUCCCCAAAUCCUUGAUGUCGCAAUGCAGACUAGCAAUCAGGAAGUUCCUAAAACUGGCCAACCGUCCCUUUGCUGUGGAUCAACUGGAUAUCCCACUGUCGCUGCUGAACUACCUCAAACACCGGUCGUAACUGAAGAUCAGAGUUGGAACUGCCCAGGGUUACCAAGUAUUGUAACUGAUUAAGGGUAAAGCAAAAAAAGAACAUUCUAAGAAUAGAAAGAAGCGUGAUUU